AUGGGGCCCCGCGCUGAAGACCUGACAGGAAGCCUGGAGAGCAGGAAGAAUCUGAGCAGAGUGGUGCAGGGCUGUGGAACGGAGAGAGAACACGGGGGGGGGGGUGGGCGGGGGAGUGAGGGGGCCACAGCGGACGAGACCCAGGGAAGGUUGCGGAGACACGGAGUGAAGAUGCGCCUGCUGCUCCUCCUUGGCGUGGCCACAAGCAGAUGUCUGCAUGAUGAGAGCCAGAAGUCCGUGCGCCUUCUCAGGCCCUCUUUCUCCCAAACGCCCACACACUUCCGCUCCUCAGUCCUUCCUCUCCCUGCCUCCCAUGAGCCUCAACCCCUUAGAAUCCAAACCUACUACCUAAGAGACCCUGUAUCCGGUGAAGCGUGGGCUCCCGAGGCGGAAUCUCGCGCUCUGGCUGCAGUGAGAGAGGCCGCUCAAAGAAUUCAAGGUGCCCUAGCGGUCCUCCCGGUACAAGGACCUCUGCUUCUGAGUCGAGACCCUACACGAUACUGCCGUGCUGUCUGGGGAGACCCGGAUGCCCCAAACUACCACAGGUGCAGCCUCUUGAACCCCGGGUACAAAGGAGAGAGCUGCCUUGGGGCAAAGCUGCCUGAUGCCCACCUGCGUGGCUAUACCCUGUGGCCAGAGCAUGGUGUGCCCCAACUAAUCCAACCAGAUGGCCCCGGAGUCCGGAACAGUGACUUUCUCUUGUAUGUGCGGGUUGCACACACUUCCAAGUGUCACAAAGAGCCCUCUGUCAUAGCCUAUGCUGCUUGCUGCCAACUGGACUCAGGAGACAGACCCCUCGCUGGCACCAUUGUCUACUGUGCCCAACAUCUCACCAGCCCCAGCCUCAGCCUCGGUGACGUUGUCAUGGCUACACUACAUGAACUGCUGCAUGCCCUGGGUUUUUCUGGACAGCUCUUCAAGAUGUGGCGAGACUGUCCCUCGGGACUAAGUGCUAGAGGGAACUGUUCCACAAGGAAACAAGUGACAAGGCGAGACGAGUGGGGACAACUGCUUCUCGCCACUCCAGCGGCCAGCCACAGCCUGGCCAAGCACUUGGGUGUACCAGGGACUUCGUUGGGAGUUCCUUUGGAAGAGGAAGGCUCUCUAUCGUCACACUGGGAGUCCAGACUUCUGCAGGGCUCUAUAAUGACUGCUACCUUUGAGGGUGCCCAGCGUACCCGACUUGACCCGGUAACUCUUGCUGCAUUCGAAGACUCAGGCUGGUAUCAGGUCAACUACAGUGCUGCAGAGGAACUCCUGUGGGGCCGGGGCGCUGGCCUAGACUUUGGCCUUGUGAGCACAUGCAGGAAGGAACCCUCAGACUUCUUCUGCACCCAAAGUGGGCUCGGCUGUCACUACCUGCACCUGGACAAGGGCAGCUGCUCCUCAGACCCAAUGCUAGAAGGCUGCCGCAUGUACAAACCCUUGACCAAGGGGAGUGAAUGCUGGAAGGAGAACGGACUCCUCGCCAGAGCGGAGAACCCCCAAGGGGAGAUCUACCAUGUGCACAGCCGUUGCUUCCUUGCCAACCUUACCUCCCAAGAGCUCUCCAAAGACAAGACCAGCCGACCCUUGAGAACUCCGGACCCCAGGGAGGAUCCCACAGGCCGCUGCUACUUACAUCAGUGCACACACAAGGGAGCAUACGAGGUGCGAGUGGAGGGGUCGCCGUGGACCCCCUGCCUUCCAGGAAAGGCUGUUCAGAUACCUGGAUACUAUGGUCUUCUCUACUGUCCCCGAGGCCGGCUGUGUCUGGGUAAUGAAGGCACCAGUGCUGUCACUUCUUCGCCCACGAGUCUUUCAACUCAAGAUCUGCUAUUCCAGCUGUCUUUAAGAUUAAGUGGGACCCCAGGCCACUCUCUGGGGCAAGAACAGAGAGAAGAGCUGGCUGAGGUAGUUCUGCGGGCUCUGGUGACAGGAUAUGGCACCAGCAGGUGUUAUUUCCAUAGCCCGUCCAUCACCACGGCCUUGGUGUUUACUGUGAUGUUGUGGAAGACUCCUGGCUGCCAAGGGCCUUCCGCAGCUGCACUGCACAGGGCCCUGACCCUGGUCCUGACGGAAAAACCCCUCCACGUACACCAUGGAGACGCCAUCUUUACCACUGAACACAGCAAGCUGCCGGCUUCCUUGGACCAUAAGCCCUCCACGACUGGCCUACUUCUGCCCACCGGGUUCUGCCUACUGUUGCUAACUCUGGUGGGUGCACUGGGAACUUUGGCCUAUCAGAAACGAGCUACCCUCCAGGUGGGACCAGCCACCACAUAACCACCACCAGAGCUACAAGACAUCGGAUUAAAGUAAGCUGGUGUGACGCCACUCAGAACUACAUACCAGCCAGCAAGAUGGCUCACUGGGUAAAGUCACUUGUGGCUCUUGUGGAAGACCCAGGCUCCAUGCCAAGCACCCACAGUGGGUGGCUCACAACCUUCUGUAACUCCAGUUCCAGGGGAUCCAACACCCUGUUCUGACCUCCGUGGGCACUGGCACAUACACAGAAUAAAUAAAAAGGCUGCUGGUGGGACAAGCUACUUACUGGAAACCCUGGUGUACUUCCCUCAGAAUGCCUCUUUGCUAGGGUAUCAGCUUUACAAUAGC